CGAUGUCUCUGAGCACGCGAUCCGCCGAGCGAAGCACCACUCACCCGACCUCUCCUUUGCGACAUUGAUGUCCUUGUCGUCCAUAUACUCGUAAAGACACGUUGUACAGCAUUCCGGACCGACAAGAGCAGCGACUGUAUACAUCAAAGCCGGGCGUGGGAUGUGCUAGCCCGGGGCUCAUGGUGGGCUGCUGAGAAGCAGCAUCCAGGGACAUCAUGUUAGCCAGUAGAGUAUGCCUUCGCGCAUCUACUGCAGCGAAAGCACGACGUCCGGCUCUCCCGAUCCAUAUACAAGCAUCAUGGCACGCGAAGCGAAUAUUCGCAAGCACACCUCGGCACAGGAAAGACGAUGCCCGGGCACGAGUCGCUCAGACCGAGCCAGCUACAAAGCAGCCUGGUGAAGAGAAGGUUGGGCCUGAGGGCGUGGUAAAGACCCAGAAGUCGACCAAGCCAGAAGUAAAGACAGAUCCUCUGCUGGCAGAGCAGACUGUCUCGAACAAGGAGCAGCGGAAAGCGGACUGGGCUAUCAUCAAGGACAUGUCUAAGUAUCUGUGGCCCAAGAACGACUUCGGCACCAAGUUCAGAGUAGGGUUGAGUGUAGGACUCCUGGUCUCAGCCAAGGUCCUCAAUGUACAAGUACCCUUCUACUUCAAAAGCAUCAUAGAUUCCAUGAACAUUGAUUUCGCAGCUGUGGGUGGGACAGCAAUGACAGUGGCUGGAGCAUCAAUCUUUGCCUAUGGCGCGACAAGGAUUGGCGCAGCAGUCUUCCAGGAAUUUCGGAACGCCAUAUUUGCGACAGUCUCACAGAAGGCCAUCCGAAAGGUCGCUGGCAACGUGUUUGAGCAUUUACUGAAGCUGGAUCUCAACUUCCACCUGGCGAGGCAGACUGGUGGCCUUACUCGCGCAAUCGACAGAGGUACUAAGGGUAUCAGCUUCCUCCUCACGAGCAUGGUCUUUCACAUCAUUCCCACAGCACUUGAGAUCAGCUUGGUAUCUGGCAUCCUGACAUACAACUAUGGCUGGAAAUUCGCGGCUCUUACUGUGGGCACGAUGGCUGCAUACUCCUGGUUCACGAUUGCGACCACUGCCUGGCGAACCAAAUUCCGCAAGCAAGCAAAUGCUGCAGACAACAUGGGCGCAACCGUCGCAGUGGACAGUUUGAUCAACUACGAGGCAGUGAAGUACUUCAACAACGAAGCAUACGAGGCCAAGCGCUACGAUGGAGCCUUGAAGAACUAUCAAGAUGCCAGCAUCAAGGUUGCAACUUCUCUCGCGUACCUCAAUAGCGGCCAGAACCUGAUCUUCUCUACUGCCCUCACAGGCAUGAUGUACAUGGGAGCUCAAGGCGUGGCAUCUGGAAGCCUCACAAUUGGCGAUCUCGUCAUGAUCAAUCAGCUUGUCUUCCAGCUCUCCGUCCCUCUCAACUUCCUUGGCAGCGUCUAUCGCGAGCUCCGCCAAUCCCUCCUGGACAUGGAAACUCUCUUCAACCUCCAAAAGGUCAACGUAGCCAUCAAAGAGCCCGCCAACGCUCCACCUCUCCUUCUUAACAAAGGCGGCGAAAUCAAAUUCGAAAAUGUCUCAUUCGGCUACCGCCCAGACCGACCCAUCCUCCAAAAUCUCAACCUCACCAUCCCGGCAGGCAAGAAAGUCGCUAUCGUCGGCCCCUCCGGCUGCGGAAAAUCUACCAUCCUCCGCCUCCUCUUCCGCUUCUACGACGUCCAAUCCGGCCGCAUCACAAUCGACGGCCAAGACAUCCGCGACGUCCAACUCGAAUCCCUCCGCAAGAGCAUUGGAGUCGUACCCCAAGACACCCCACUCUUCAACGACACGAUCGAACACAACAUCCGCUACGGAAACAUCAACGCCUCCUCCACUGAGGUCAUCUCCGCCGCCAAACGCGCUCGGAUUCACCAAAUCAUCGAAUCUUUACCAGAAGGCUACUCCACUAAAGUCGGAGAGCGAGGAAUGAUGAUCUCCGGAGGUGAGAAACAACGUCUUGCAAUUUCUCGUCUCAUUCUCAAAGACCCUCCUCUUCUCUUCUUCGACGAAGCGACUUCGGCGCUUGAUACACAUACAGAAGCGGAACUGUUGAGGAAUAUUCGAGAUGUGAUUGUGGAGAAGAAGAGGACGAGCGUGUUUAUUGCGCAUCGGUUGAGGACGAUUUAUGAUAGUGAUUUGAUUAUUGUGUUGAAGGAGGGAAGGGUGGCGGAGCAGGGGACGCAUGAGAGGUUGGUGGAUAGUGAUGGAAUUUAUGCGGAGUUGUGGAGUGCGCAGGAGAUGGCUUUUAUGGAGGGGGAUGAGCAAGUGGAGAAGAAGGAGGGUGAGGAGCUUGUUUCGAAUGGCGAGAGUGGGAAGAAGAUCUAG